AUGAUGGUACCCCAGAAUCUUUGGUCCAUGGCCACUGCCUCCGCGGCUGGUCUGUGGUUUGCUUCCGGCACUCACGCUAGUGACUGUUCGACCUCUAGUAUCAAAAACCUCUCUAUCCCUCAUGGCCAAGUCCUGGACCUAUCCGCGACCCCAGUCAACGACUAUAAUUAUCAAAAUUCAACCCUGAAGUUCUGCAAUGUGACCGUUACCUACACCCAUCCCGGUUUGAACGACACCAUUCACGUCAAUGUCUGGCUUCCGUCAUCCAACUGGAACCAGCGACUCCAAGGUGCAGGUGGCGGUGGCUUCUCAGCUCUAGACAGUGUGGACGUUCUAGAAAAAGCCGUGGCUGGAGGCUACGCAGUCGUUGGAACAGAUGCGGGACAUAAGUUGAAUUCCGCGAGCUCGGAUUCUUGGUCGCUCGACGAAUCUGGAAAGGUCAACAUGUCGCUUCUUAAGGACUUCGCGUCUGUUGCCUUGAAUGAUGCGGCGGUUGUGGCUAAGGAUGUUACACGCGACUUUUAUGGACACGGUCCGCGUCACUCGUACUGGAAUGGAUGUUCCACAGGUGGAAGACAGGGUCUUAUGCUCGCGCAGCGGUAUCCUACGGCAUAUGAUGGAAUUCUGGCGAAUGCCCCUGCGAUUAAUUGGCCUGAGUUCAUUGUCGCGGAGUACUGGCCGCAGUUCGUGAUGAACCAGAUGAACACACAUCCUCCCCCGUGUGUCAUUGAUGCGAUUACUGCUGCUGCCGUCGAAGCGUGCGAUGGCAACGAUGGAGUGAAAGAUGCUGUUAUCUCAGAACCGAGCCGUUGUCAGUUCAACGCAUCAACCACGGUCAAUCAGAAGGUCAAUUGCAGUGGACAGAAAGUGACGAUUACUCGGAACGAUGCACUUGUGGUUCAGAAAAUCUGGGAUGGUAUGCGUUCUACCAAUGGCUCGUCCUUGUGGUACGGUCUCGAGAAAGGCGCGCCGCUGUCAGGAGGGUUGGCCAUAACGACAUGCUCGACGCCGUCUAACUGCACAGGCGCACCGUUCUCCAUCUCAUCAGAUUGGAUUGGUCAAUUCAUCCUGGAGAACCCAUCCGCGGACCUGACCCAAAUGAGCCACGAGCAAUACCAACGGAUCUUCGAAUACUCCCACAAGAAGUACGACCCGAUCAUCGGAACGAACAAUCCCGACCUAUCCGCCUUCAAACAAGUCGGUGGCAAGCUGGUGACCUGGCACGGCUUAGCAGAUCAACUAAUUUUCCCCAAGGGCACGGAGAAGUACUACAAGGAAGUGGAAAGCUUGGAUCCCUCGGUUCGUGACUUCUAUCGCCUCUUCCUGGCCCCGGGUGUGCAGCAUUGCAAGGGGGGUGAUGGCGCUAUCCCGGUUGAUCCAUUGGAAUCGCUCGUCAACUGGGUGGAAAAGGGCAUUGCGCCAGAGACAUUGCUGGGGGAGACAGAGGAUGGUUCGAGAAGUCGGGAGUUGUGUCCGUAUCCGCUGGUGUCGGUGUAUAAGGGGGGGAAUAGUCGGGAUAAGUCUUCUUAUACAUGCGAAGAAGCUUCUAAAUAA